AUCCUUGUCACAAGCAGUUAACAACCAUCUGUUCAAAGCAGCAAGCAGUCCAGAUCUCAACCAUCCAUGCUCAAUUUUCAAGAAAGAAGAGCUCCAGUCGUUGCUGUUCUAAUUACCCUAAUGACACAUGAAGACAGCUAUCACAAUGAAAACUAUUGUUUGAUCACUUUUGGUCUACCAAUGUACCUGGGUCUCUUUACACCUAUGGCUGUUCUCCUCAUCAUCAACAUCAUCUUGUAUCUCCUGACCAUACACAGCCUUCUCAAGGUCCAAGAAAUGUCUCGAGUCCGGAAGAUUGCCAAACGCCUCCAGAACACAAUUGGUGUCUCCACCCUCACGAGCCUGAGCUGGUGUUUUGGAUUUCUGGUUCUUGUAACAGGCAUGCCCACUUACGAGGUCAUCUUUCGUACUGUCAGCUCAGUGCAGGCGGUGUUUGUAUGCAUCAUGUGCUGUGUUCAACAAAAAGAGGUUUGCCACAGUGUUGUUUGCCGGUCAGAGUGUGCAUGCUGUUGAAGGAAUCAAAGCCCAGGCAGAGCUCCAGAACAACCAUCCAUACACUCCAUCCAGCCAGGAUGUAUUUACACCUCUAUAAAGGUUUAUUUAAAAAAAAGGUUUUAGCCUUACACCGUUGAUUUUUUAGCACUCAGUGUAUACUUAAAAAGUUCAGUGAACAGCAAUCAGUGGCAUUUUACCAGGAUGGGAUACAAACCCAUGACCUUUGAAUUCUAGAGCAGGACAUGUCUUACCAACUAGACCGCCGAGAUUGCCAGGUAGCUAGCGGUAGUUCGAAUCAUGUCUUUAAGCAGCAGGUACAAAACGAUUUAGUAGAUGUUGACUUUAUCGGGAUAAAGAAUAUUAGUUUGGUUUUACCCCCAACAUUGAGGUGUGCAAGCACUGUAUACCCAGUACUUUCCCGAGUUCUGUGGAAAAAAAAUCUCAGACAUGCUACUGUGGUGGGAGUAGUUUAGGAAUGAACAAAGAAAAAAUUACUUGAAAAGGAUUUGAGCCUGCGCCCCCUCUGAAUUAAUAUUCUGGCCCUCUUCCAAAUGAGCUAUCUAAUCUUGGUAGUAGAGUCCUCUUUUGUCGGUAUCUUUUUAUGGGUGCCAGUUAGAAGCCAUACAACCUUAAACGGCCAGGGAUCACACCCAAAUCUCAAUUUGAGAAGCGGCAGCAGAGUGAUCAUCUCAAGGGGAUUUCCUUAUCAUACAAACAUGUAUUUAAUUUCUAACCUUUUAGUAAAAGAACGAUUGAAGUUACUAAACUUUCCAUAGACAACUUAAGUUGACUACAUCCUACCCUCUCUUCUAUGUCAAUGGCGACUUUCAUUGAUAAAGCUUACAUGAAAAAUAACCACUCAACUUAAACCUGAGAUUAAUUUAAAAGCUGUAGCUUUGUCCAUAGUGCUGAAAUGAAAUGAGUUUGCUAUAAUGUGAUCCUCUAAAAACUAAGGAAUGGACUUGGAAUAACGAGGGGUUAACUAUGUCAAAACAAUUUAAAUUGUCUUUUUCUGUUGAAACAAGUGAUGUAAAUGAUGGUUUGAUUUUGUUAAGUAUAUUAGAAGUGUGUAAUGUUUCACUGUUUGUCAGUUCAUCAUUGGCAAUUAAUUAGGCCUAUUUCAAAACAAUUUGGUGACAAGACUUAAGUUAAAUAUUAUUUGGGGGGUUUUGAAAAAGAAGUUGUAUUUUGUUUAGGAUAUUAGAAGUAUGUCGUAGUUUUCACUGUUUGUAACGAGUUUGAUUAUCAAUUUGGGUGAAAAGGACAAAAAUUUACUGAUGCAACAUUCUGCGACCUCUGGGUUAAAGGCAGUGGACACUAUUGGUAAUUACUCAAAAUAAUUAUUGGCAUAAAACCUUUCUUGCUGACGAG